AUGGCCGUUGAGAUCUUCCGCUAUGCUAAAGCCCCAGCCUAUAUGCUCGCCAUGGUCGAGUCCGCACUUGGCGAAGUCCUUUCUAACCCCCACGACGAACUCUUCCUGGAAGUGGAAGCCGACUAUCACCGGCGUCUUUUAAUGGACCUCUGCAACCGCGUUCGGGAAUAUAAGGGGAUGAGCAGCUGGAGCCUGUACACAGCCGCUGUAGAGAAAAGGAUACCCACCAGCGGCAAUAUGCCCCGCGACUUUUAUGAAUGCCUGCGAGACGGUAUGGACAGUGGCGUCAGUGAUCUGGCCGUGAGGUUGGCACACGUCGGGAUUCUGCACUGGUGGGUCUGGGCGGACCUGGCGUAUCUCGGCGAGUGA